AUGGGGAUCAAAGGACUAACGCCGCUGCUCAGCACUCAUGCACCCGAUGCACUCACAUCCCAUGCGAUAGCCACGCUCUUCAACCGACGUGUCGCCAUCGAUGCGUCCAUGUCUAUCUACCAAUUUCUCAUUGCGGUCCGACAGGCCACGGGUGAAAUGCUCACCAACGACAAUGGGGAAGAGACUUCUCACCUAAUGGGUCUCUUCUAUCGUACUAUACGGAUGGUCGAAAAUGGCAUUAAAGUAGUCUAUGUCUUCGAUGGACGACCGCCAGAUAUGAAAAGGGCCGUGUUGAAGGAGAGGGGCGAAAGAAGAAAGGAAGCGGUAGAAGGAGGAGAGGAGGCGAAGGAGGUUGGGACCGCUGAGGAUAUCUCGAGGUUUACGCGGAGAACAGUGAAGGUUACCCCCCAGCACAAUGCCGAGUGCCAGCGCCUGUUGAAGUUGAUGGGCAUACCAUAUGUUGUUGCACCGAGCGAGGCAGAGGCGCAGUGCGCUGAGCUUGCCAGAGGUGGGAAGGUGUACGCCGCUGGGUCAGAGGAUAUGGACACACUGACCUUUGGGUCACCCAUCCUCAUGCGACACUUGACGUUUUCGGAAGCCAAGAAAGCCCCCAUUGUCGAAGUCAACUUGCAGAAGGCGCUGGAAGGUCUGGACAUGGACAUGAGCACCUUCAUUGAUCUCUGCAUAUUACUCGGAUGUGACUAUCUUGAGCCCAUCAAAGGAGUCGGCCCUACGACAGCGCUGAAGCUCCUCCGCGAGCACGGCAGCCUCAAGAAGAUUGUCAAACACCUGAGAGAAAAGCAAGCCGAGCGGGAAGCGUUAGCCGUGGAGGAGCCCUCUGACCCCGAAUCUGAAGACGAUGAGAAGUCCGGUGUUGAAGAAGACAAAAACUCUGACGACGAAGACGUGGGUCUGGGGGACGAUGUGCCUCCCACCUCUGACUUCGAUUUGCCACCAACAUCUGAUGGCGCCGCCGAUGUCGAUAUGGCUGCUGAAGACAAGGAUGUGAACAAAGAUAGCGAAGACGAAGACGCACCUAGUGAGAAGCCCAAGGGCAAAUCAAAAGUUAUCGCCAGCGACGCGAAAUCGAAAGCAAAGACAUCCAAGAAAUCAAAGCCUUCUGGUAAAAAGAACGGAGACGAGGCGAAGGGGAGCAAGAAGGGGAAAGGCAAAGGCAAAGCAGGUAUCACUAUUCCUGAGGAGUGGCCUUGGGAAGAAGCGAAGAAGAUGUUUGAGAAACCGGAUGUCAUAUCGGCUGACAAGGUCGAGUUAGAGUGGAAAGCCCCCGACGUAGACGGAUUGGUCCAGUUCCUCGUCAAGGACAAAGGGUUCAAUGAAGACCGCGUGCGCAAAGGCGCCGACAAGCUCGCGAAGUUCAUGAACACGAAGCAGCAGGGCCGACUGGAUGGCUUCUUCACCGUCAAGCCAAAACCGAAAGAACCCGCUGCCUCAGCUAGUAAAGGGAAGGGGAAGGGGAAGGUCGAUGAUAAAAAGUCGGGCGCAGAAAAAGGGAAGACCGGGGGUGUCAAGAGGAAGGGCGAUGCAGAGUCGGGGAGCAAGAAGAAAGCGAAGAAGUAA